CCCGUCAUAAUAAACAUGUCAGAUUUCUUUUACAUGUACUUGUACUUGUAGAGACUUUGUAAAAUCACAUUCUGUUGAUGAUAGCCGUGACGCUUUGUUCAGUUGAGUUGCAAUUGUGAACAUGUGAAUGAGAUGGGACCACGCAGCACAUAGGGAGAUUAAAAUCUGGCCGCUUUGACCAUUUCUAAUUACCAUGAUGAGGAAGCAGGGUUUAAGCACGCUGGCGAUAAGAAUGAGUGGCUCAAUGAGUGGCAGCUAUGCAGAGGCGACCACUCAACGUCCACAGCUGGUCAUUCUUGGCACUGGCUGGGGAAGCUACAGUGUGCUGAGACACAUCGACAAGAGCAUGUACGAUGUUGUUGUCGUCAGCCCCAGAAACCAUUUCUUGUUCACUCCCUUGCUGGCUAGUACGACCGUAGGCACGUUAGAGUUCAGAUCAGUUAUUGAGCCAGUAAGGGACACAAUAUUUCGCAAUGCUCACCAUUUCCACUUGGCUAAAGCCGUGAGCCUUGACAUGGCAAACAAAAUAGUCAAAUGCCAGAGCACAUUGUCGGACAAUGCGUACGAUAUUUCCUAUGACAAGCUAGUCAUUGGAGUCGGUGCUGUUGCCAAUACAUUCAACAUCCCUGGAGUUGAGGAACACGCGAUAUUUCUAAAGGAGAUCAGCGACGCGCGAAAGAUCCGCAAUCGCAUUCUCGCAAACUUUGAGAUGGCGCUCGAGCCGGGAAUUCGUACUGCUGAGCAGAAGCGUCUGCUGAGCACUGUCAUUGUUGGCGGAGGCCCGACAGGGGUGGAAUUCGGAGCGGAGCUCUACGACUUUGUGCGCCAGGACGUGAGCAGACUCUAUGGGGAGCAGGCCAAGCAGGUCAACGUGACGCUGAUCGAAGCGUCGCAGAUUCUCAGCAUGUUUGACGCACGAUUGCGGAAGUACGCAGAGAAGAAAAUCCGAGAGAGGGACCGCUUCAACCUUUUACAAGCGGUUGUCGCAGAGGUGAGAAAAGACGGCGUGAUUCUAAAGGAUGGAUCAGAGAUACCAUGUGGGCUCGUCGUGUGGAGCACAGGGAUCGCUCAGCGAAAAUUCACCAAGGCCCUGAGUGUGCCAAAAAACAAGCAAGAACAGAUUUUAGUAGACAACUACUUGAGAUUGACUGGUGAUUCGACUGGUGAUGUGUAUGCGAUUGGUGACUGCUCAGAUAUUGAAGGUUUACAUCUACCCUGCACAGCUCAGGUUGCAGAACGACAGGGCAGGUACCUGGCCGGAUCCCUUUGCAAGACACCUGAGAAAGUAUCGCCCUUCAAAUUUAAGAACAUGGGCAUGCUGACGUACAUCGGUGGGUAUCGUGCGUUAACUGACACGCCAGAAGCAAAACUGAAAGGUGUCAUGUCAUGGGUGCUGUGGCGGUCAGCCUAUCUGACCAGACUAGGCAGCUGGAAACUUAGACUCCAGGUUCCCAUGGACUGGAUAAAGGCCUUGUUCUAUGGCAGGGACACAUCCCGUUUCGAGUGAGCCAGAAGAAGAGUGUAGGCAUUCCGUUUAUAGCAGCGAGUAGGCUCAUUAUGUGGAAAUUAUAAUGUAACCUAGUUAAUUGCAGCCAUCUGCUGGGAUCCUUGUGUACAGGGAAUUACAAAUCGAAAGUAGAAUCUGAUAUGUGAGAUGCAGUCUAGAUGAUCUCAGUUACAUAUUAUAUCUAGUGUAAAUAUUUUUGGAAAAUGAUAGAAUGACUUUAUAAUGUUGAAGAUUUAUUUGGCAGCUAGUCAACUUCAAUAAUCAUGUUAUGAUACUUCUAUAGUUGUUGAAAUUUUUUUAUAGAUGCAUAGUGAGUGGCAAUAUUACCUUACACAUUGCUGUAAUGGAAAAAGUAGGGAUUCAUAGAGGGGAAAUAUUUUGCAAAUAAAUAAUAUAUUAUCUUAACAGUUAGAAA